AGCUUUGCCGAACGACCGAGGAUUGCCGAAUUCAGCCGAACCGAGCCGAACGCUGCCGAACGACCGAGGUUUGCCGAAUUCAGCCGAACCGAGCCGAACGUUGCCGAACGAACUAGCCCUGCCGAAUUUUGCCGAGCCGAGCCGAGUUCAGACGAACCGAGCCGAACGUUGCCGAACGACCGAGCCCCGCCGAAUUUUGCCGAACCGAGCCGAGCCCCGCCGAACGACCGAGCCCCGCCGAAUUCAGCCGAACUGAGCCGAGCUUCGCCGAGUUCAGACGAACCGAGCCGAAUGUUGCCGAACGAUCGAGCCCCGCCGAAUUUUGCCGAACCGAGCCGAGCCCCGCCGAACGACCGAGCCCCGCCGAAUUCAGCCGAACUGAGCUGAGCUUCGCCGAGUUCAGACGAGCCCUGCCGAAUUUUGCCGAACCGAGCCGAGCCCCGCCGAACGACCGAGGUUUGCCGAAUUCAGACGAACUGAGCCGAGCUUCGCCGAGUUCAGACGAACCGAGCCGAAUGUUGCCGAACGACCGAGCCCCGCCGGGUUCGGCCCAACCGAGCUGAGCGCCACCGAGCAGAACGAACGGGCCCGAGUUGAGCCGAGUUGAGCCUCGCCGAAGCGAGCCAAAUGGAGCUCAGCCGAAACCAAUCGCCUGCUCUCGUGACCAUUAAUUAGCGCGAGGGCAGUCACUGCCUAAUGAACUCCUGCCCGACCCUGCAGUGCCGUCCGUAGCCGCGCGAUGGCCGGGCCGCCCGCCCGCGGGACGGGGCAGCGGGAAAGCACCGAGCUCUGGGUGUUUAACGUGAGGCGGCGGCCGCUUUCCCGCGCAGCGCCUGGGCCCGGCCGGCGCCGCCGAGCCGACGGAGCGUUGCCGAGUUCGGCCGAACCGGGCCGAGCGGCGCCGAGGGCAGCGCCUGGCCCCGAAUUCAGCCGAACCGAGCCGAGCUUUGCCGAACGACCGAGGUUUGCCGAAUUCAGCCGAACUGAGCCGAGCUUCGCCGAACGACCGAGGUUUGCCGAAUUCAGCCGAACCGAGCCGAACGCUGCCGAACGACCGAGGUUUGCCGAAUUCAGCCGAACCGAGCCGAACGUUGCAGAACGAACUAGCCCUGCCGAAUUCGGCCGAACCGAGCCGAGCCCUGCCGAACGACCGAGGUUUGCCGAGUUCAGACGAACCGAGCCGAAUGUUGCCGAACGACCGAGGUUUGCCGAAUUCAGCCGAACUGAGCCGAGCUUCGCCGAGUUCAGACGAACCGAGCCGAAUGUUGCCGAACGACCGAGCCCCGCCGGGUUCGGCCCAACCGAGCUGAGCGCCACCGAGCAGAACGAACGGGCCCGAGUUGAGCCGAGUUGAGCCUCGCCGAAGCGAGCCAAAUGGAGCUCAGCCGAAACCAAUCGCCUGCUCUCGUGACCAUUAAUUAGCGCGAGGGCAGUCACUGCCUAAUGAACUCCUGCCCGACCCUGCAGUGCCGUCCGUAGCCGCGCGAUGGCCGGGCCGCCCGCCCGCGGGACGGGGCAGCGGGAAAGCACCGAGCUCUGGGUGUUUAACGUGAGGCGGCGGCCGCUUUCCCGCGCAGCGCCUGGGCCCGGCCGGCGCCGCCGAGCCGACGGAGCGUUGCCGAGUUCGGCCGAACCGGGCCGAGCGGCGCCGAGGGCAGCGCCUGGCCCCGAAUUCAGCCGAACCGAGCCGAGCUUCGCCGAACGACCGAGGAUUGCCGAAUUCGGCCGAACCGAGCCGAGCUUUGCCGAACGACCGAGGAUUGCCGAAUUCAGCCGAACCGAGCCGAACGUUGCAGAACGAACUAGCCCUGCCGAAUUCGGCCGAACC